AUGGAGGAUAUGCGGAAGGACAUGGGUGUGAGUAUAAGUGAUGUAAAGACUUGGAGAGCUAGAGAACAUGCAUUGGAGUUGGUUAGGGGAUCAGCAGAGGAAUCUUACAUGAGACUCCCAUCAUAUUGUGCUAUGCUAGAAGCCAAAAAUCCUGGUGCGAUAACGCAUAUUGAAACUGACAAUAAUAAUCAUUUUAUUUAUUUAUUUAUGUCACUUGGACCUUGCAUCAGAGGAUUUCACAGUGUUAUUAGGCCAGGAAUAGCACUUGAUGGAACAUUUUUAAAAGGUAAAUAUCUUGGAACGUUGUUUGUUGCCACAUGCAAGGACGGGAAUAAUCAAAUAUACCCUCUAGCAUUCGAAGUUGGAGAUUCAGAGAAUGAUGCAUCAUGGAAUUGGUUUUUGACAAAAUUACGGGGAGCUAUUGGGCAUAUUGAUGACUUAGUUUUUAUUUAUGAUAGACAUGAAAGCAUACGGAAGGCUAUCUCUACUAUAUUUCCUAAUGCUCAUCAUGGGGCAUGCAUCUUCCAUAUAAGCCAAAAUCUUAAGAACCACUUUAAGCAAGAAAGAGCCCAUUCUCUUUAUUUUAGAGCUGCUAAGACAUAUCAUAUUCCCGAAUUUGAUCGUCAUAUUGUGCAAAUAUUUAAUAUUGAUCCUCAUGUGGGUAAUUAUCUUCAUGCAGCUUGA